GGCAGCAUUAUGUUUAUGUCAACCCAACUCCACACUGCUAACUCACUUUCUCUCUUAUCUCUUCACUCUUCACUCUUCACUCUUCACCAUAACUAUGAAUAAUGAAUUUGAAUCUUCAUUGAAGCUACUUGGCCCCACCUUUUCUCUUUCCUUCUUCUCACUCGUUCUUCUUUCAUGAGAACUGAACCUCCUGCUCUCUCCUUCCUUUCUGCUUCCAAACAAAGACUCAGAAUGAGAAACUCAGUCACAGUAGCAUACAUUCUUCUUCUUGGCUUAAUUCUUCUCUGUGAUGCCUGAGAUUGAAGAUCUGCAAUUGAAGCAUGGUGUUCGCGACAUGCUAAUGCUUAUGUUACUACAUAAACAUCUCUUCAGGAGCCAUUCAACUUUCAGUAUUGGACAAUCUGAAAUUCCAAACCCUGAAGCAACCAUCAAUUCUGUGGCUUCCAGGAAUCAGAAAAGUUCCAUUUGUCUCAUUUACCUAACAAAAUAAAUUGUGUACGUGUUUGUUUACUGCUUUUACUUAUAGGAGCCCCCUUAAUCUAAGUUAGGAUUUUCGAACAGUUGGUUUCCACUGUCCUAAAAUUAUGGCAACUUACUACACAAGUUCAAGUAAUCAAAGGGAUGCAGUGCCUAUGCUUUGUCUUAGGGAGCCUUUGCCUAAUUCGUAUUCCGAGACACCAAUUUUGCCUAGCAGUAUGACAUUGUAUAUGAACUCUGGUUCAUAUUCUGAAGCAUUUUCUGGCAAUUCUCAGCAGCAAAGUAACUGCUUUGUGAUUCCAUCACCAUCAGUAGGUGCUUCACAUUCCACUCCUGAACAGCAGGAAAUCUUGGCUAAUAUGGGAGGGUUCCAAUCCGAUAUUCAUGAUUUGAAUGCAUGGAGGGAGGGUAGGAGUGAGAUGUUAGUUAGACAACCUAUGGAUGGACAGAACUUACAAGGUCAGGGAUUAUUGUCUCUUAGCCUUGGAACCCACAUUCAAAUGCCUUCUAUCCAUAAUAGGCAUCAUAGUUCAAGUUUUGAUUCAUUUUUGGGUACUAAUCCAUCAAUUUCAUGCAAUGAGGCCUACCAAAGUGGCUCAUCUAAGGAUGAGGGUAUGAGACAUUCUGAAAACUUUCAACUUGGGUUACCUGAAGCUAGUCAAGAUUUGGGCAGGGCGGAUUUUUCGUUUCAUGAAAUGUCUAGUGUUGGAAGAACAGUUCCUAGCUCCAAAUACCUCAAGGCAGUGCAACAACUGCUUGAUGAAGUUGUUGACAUCCGAAAAGCUAUUAAAAGACCUGAUAUGAGAAGUCAUAGCGCACUUGAGAACUCUAAGAAGAACUCUAAGGAGGGUGAUGAGCAACUAGAAAAUGAAAGGCCUUCUGCAAAUGGAGUGCCUAAUUCUCAAGCUUCAGCCAGUAACUCCUCUUGUGAGCUUUCACAUGCUGAAAAACAAGAUAUGCACAACAAGUUAACUACACUUUUUUCUAUGUUGGAUGAGGUUGACAAUAGGUACAAACAAUAUUAUCAUCAGAUGCAGAUUGUGGUGUCAUCAUUUGAUGUGAUAGCAGGUUGUGGGGCAGCUAAACCAUACACAGCUCUUGCUCUCCAAACCAUUUCAUGCCAUUUUCGGUGUUUGCGUGAUGCAAUCAGUGGUCAAAUCAGUGCAACACAAAAGAACCUUGGAGAGCAUGAUGCUUCUGGAAGUAAUAAAGGAGUUGGAAUGGCAAGACUAAAGUAUGUGGACCAACAAAUCCGACAACAGAGGGCUCUUCAGCAGUUUGGCAUGAUGCAACAUGCAUGGAGACCACAAAGGGGGCUUCCAGAAAGCUCUGUUUCAAUUCUUCGUGCUUGGCUUUUUGAGCAUUUCCUUCAUCCCUAUCCAAAGGAUUCUGAUAAGAUCAUGCUAGCAAGACAGACAGGCUUGACCAGAAGUCAGGUCUCAAAUUGGUUUAUAAAUGCGCGUGUGCGUCUAUGGAAACCUAUGAUCGAGGAGAUGUACAAGCAAGAGACUUGUGAUGCUGACAUGGAAUCUAGUUCUUCAUCUGAAAAUGUGUCCAAGGUAAAAAAAAGUGAUGUCAAGACAUCCAAUGAUAUGGAUGUUGAUUCACAGCAAUGUCAAAGUCCAACAGUAGCCAAUACAAAUCACAGUGGUGUACAAGCUAAGGACCUCAGAUAUGAUGAGGUUAUUGAUACAGAAAUUGUGACAUCCACUGGUUUUGCUAGUCUCAUACGUGGAGAUCAUGAGGCUCACACUGAACAAAGAUUAGUAAAUCAAACUAAGGGGCAAAGGCAAAAUUUGGAUGAUGGUGGUGUCUUUCCUAAUGACAGGCUUGUGGCAGUUGGUCCAACAUGCCAAAUGUCAGAGGUUGGGAGGUUCAAGUCAGGAAGUGGAGUGUCUCUAACAUUAGGCUUGCAGGGUGGUGAGAGCCAUCUUAGUUUGGUUUCCAUGAGGGAGGAUGAAAUCUACAGUGCGGCUGCAGAUUCUACUGUAGGAGUAGAGACAGCAGAACUUGAGUGCAUUGGUGCUGGAAACCAGCGCCAAAGAUUCAGUUCACCUCAUAUGUUUCAUGAUUUUGUAGUAUGAUGAUAAUAUGUUGUAAUCAUUCCUUGGAUUAAAGUGGGGAGGAAAAUUGAAAAGGAGUGGUGAGUGCUGAUGUUGGGACCAUUUUACAGACUGAGUCAUAAUAAGGAACUCAGUGGUCCCUCAAGGGCCAGGACUGACAAAAACAGUUAUAUCAUGUCCUGAAAUUUAUUGGGAAGAUCUAUAUAUUAAGAAUAAAAAUAAACCAUUUAUCUUUAAUUUUUUCUUAAUGGUUUGGAUUAGUUUGUUUUUUUAUUUUUAUCAUUCUAAAUUUUACUAUUAGACUAU